GCGGAGGCGGAGGCGGCACCCGCGGCACCGUCUCCCGCUUCCCUGCUCGGCGCAGCGGGCCGGCCGGCCGGCCGGGCCGGGAAUCUCCUGCGAACCGGGGAGGAGCUGCCGCCGCCAGGCCGGCUGAGCGUCCGGGGAGCGUGGAAGGGGGCGGGGAACGCGGGGAGCCGGGGCCGAUCCCGGCCCUUAAAGCAGCCCCCCCGCGCCCCGCGCGCCGGCAGCCUCACUACAGAGCCGCGGCCGCAGCAGUUCAAGCUCUAUAUCUGUAACAUCAAAGUGCCGUCUCCUGAUUGGACCGUUUUCAGGAACUCGCAUCAGUUUUCAUAACAGCUUAAAAGCAAGGGGAGAGGCGAAGCAUAGAGAGCUGCAGAUCAGACCCUCCUGAACCCCCCGGAGCAAGUGAGACCCCUGGAGAAUGCUGGCUUCCAGGCGGCUGAAGGGGUCCUUCCUCUGAGGUGGGUAGGCCGGUGUCCGUGGGACAGCUUCCUCGCUCCUGGGCCCGCCAUGGCCUCCACUCUCUGGCUAGACGGCUGAUGUGACCGGUGCCCCAAGCGUGCACACUGCUGGACUGGGUGCCGUCCCAGCUACCACCUGCUCUCAGAGGCUGGGAGCAGGGCAGGUUGGUGUCCGAUGCUACCAGAAACCAGACAGGCAGAGUGAUGGCCUCCUGCAAGCUGAGAUGGAGGUGACCUGAGGCCUCCUGGAUGUUCCUGGUGACGGGACAGCUGACAAGUUGGAACACAGGCCUGCCGGGGAGCAGUAUGCAGGAAGCUGGCUUUCAGGCCACAAAUGCUUUCACAGAGUGCAAAUUCACCUGCACCAGCGGGCAAUGCUUGUAUCUUGGUUCACUGGUCUGUAACCAACAGAACGACUGUGGGGACAACAGUGAUGAAGAAAACUGUCUCCUGGUGACUGAACAUCCACCUCCGGGCAUCUUCAGCUCGGAGCUGGAGUUCGCCCAGGUGGUCGUCGUGGUGGUGGUGGUCACGGUGAUGGUCGUGGUUGUCGUCUGCCUGCUGAACCACUACAGAGUCUCCACCCGGUCCUUUAUCCACCACCCGGGGCAGGGCCGGAGGCAGGACCGGCCGCAGCCGGAAGGGCGCCUGUGGCCUUCAGACAGAUUUGGACCUCGGCCCACCUCAGAGAUCAUGUACGCACCGCGGUCCAGGAAUGGGGGGACUGCCCCAACCUUUCUCCAGAGGGAUCGGUUCAGCCGCUUCCAGCCCACCUACCCCUACGUGCAGCACGAGAUCGACCUUCCCCCCACCAUCUCCCUGUCGGACGGGGAGGAGCCGCCUCCUUACCAGGGGCCCUGCACCCUGCAGCUCCGGGACCCCGAACAGCAGAUGGAACUCAACCGAGAGUCUGUGAGGGCCCCACCCAACCGAACCAUAUUUGACAGCGAUUUGAUAGACGUGUCCGUCUACAGCGGGGGCCCACGCCCACCCAGCAGCAAUUCAGGCAUAAGUGCCAGCACCUGCAGCAGUAACAGGAGGAUGGAGGGGCCACCCCCGGCCUACAGCGAGGUGAUGGGCCACUGCCUGGGUGCCACUCUCUUCCACCCCCAGCACAGCACGCACAGGGGGAGCAGACUGCCACUCCAGCGGGACGGCCUGGGGGGCACCAAGCUGCCCAUUCAGGGCAAGGACAGGAAGCCCGGGAACCUCAUCUGACCUGCGUGCAUACCUGACUUAAGAAAGGAGGAGGGAGGCGGUGGCACUGCUCCUCCGUCCCCAGCACAGCAAGUUCAGUAAAACAAUGAUUCCUUCCACAGGAGCCGCACGCAGGCUGAAAUAGUACAAACCUCCUCCAGUCUGGCCGCAAACGGUGUUCAUCUGGGGCAGUGAUAGGAAAGGGCAGGUUUUGGCAAAGGGUGGGCAUGAGAACACAAAGGGGUGCUUUGAAGACAUUAUGAAAUAAAACCCACAGAGGCAUCUGACUUGACUAUGAAAGCAGACGCAGCAGGGGAAGAGGCCAGAAUGGCCUGUUUUACAAUUAACUGAAUACAGAGGAAAAUGUUGUUAUACAUUAUGGGGAAGAAUCGCCAGUUUGCUUCCCACCCCUAAACUGUGGAACUUUUUUAUUUUAAAAAUAUGAUUCUAAAUUCCUGUUUUGUGUGCCAAGGUAUAAAGUGGAGAAGUCAGAUGAAUGCAAGGGGUUAAUCAGUGUUGUGAUGCUGUGUUUUAAAAGUUGCACUAUCUUCAUGUUUAAGAUAAUGAGGAAGCUUUACUCGAAGUUCUGUAUGUUGUCUUUUCACCUGUGGAUUAAAAUUAGGCCCCAUAAUCAUCUCCCCCAUAAUCAUGCAGGAAAGGGUGUCAGGGGAGGUAGCCUAAUGUACACCACUUACUUACAUUCACCAAGAAAGUCACCACACAGCAGUGAAUGUGUCACUGAGGCACCUGGAGACUCUGGAUGGAGCAGAGGAAACUUCCUGCAUCCCUGGUGUGUUGAGUCCCUCCAGCCUCAGGCUGCGUGUUUUACACCUGCAUUUACACACCACGCAGUGCUGCCCUGGCCCUCCAGCAGUGCAGUUUCUGUGGUAAUUUAGAUUUUUUUCACUGUAGCAUGAAAUAUACUCAGAUAAUACACUAUUUUAUGCAAUAAAUUGUUUAAAAUGCAA